UGUGCCCGCUUCCCGCCUCCUCUCCCGCCGGCUCUGGCCUCAGAGUCCGAUGGCGGCGGCGGCGGCGCUGAGGGAUCAGCCUCAGAAGUGCAGUGUGACCUUUGAGGAUGUGGCUGUGUACUUCUCCUGGGAGGAAUGGAGACUCCUUGAUGAGGCCCAGAGAAGCGUGUACCUCGAUGUGAUGCUGGAGAACUAUGCACUUAUAUCCUCGCUGGGUUGCUGCUGUGGAACAGAGAAUGCAGAGGCACCUUCUGAACUGAUCACUUCUCUAGGAGUAUCACAGGCUAGGACUCCAAAGGCAGCUUUGUCUUCCCAGAAGAUGCACCCCUGUGAGACUUGUGGUGCAGUCUUGAAAAAAGUUUUCCACUUGUCUGACCACCAGGAAACACAACACACCCAAAAACUGUUGAGGUGUGGAGCAUGUGUGAAACAGUUUUGUUUUAGUGCAAAUUUUCAGCAGCACCAGGAAUGGCACAUGGGAGAGAAAAUCCUCAGAAGUAGUGUGGAUGAGGCCAAGUUUUUCAAGAGCUGCAGAUUCCUUGUGUUACAGAAGCCAUUUACCUGCAGGGAGCUUGAAAAGGACAUUCCGACCAUUGUGGGACACCUGCAGCAACAGACCACUCAUACUGUGGAGAAGCCAAAUAUAGGCACCCAAUGUGAGUCAACUUUACAGAGCAGAAGUCAUCACACCUCAGGAGAAUGCAAGAAAGCCCUCAGCCCCAAACACACACUUGUUCAGAAUCAGAGUGUCCAUACUGGAAUACCUUGUUUUGUGUGCAGCGAAUGUGGGAAAGCAUUCAGGUACAAAUCCUCAUUUGUUGUGCACCAGAGAGUGCAUGCUGGAAAAAACCUUCAUAUGUGUGGUGAAUGUGGGAAAUCCUUUAAGCGAAGCUCAAUCCUCUAUAAACAUCGAAGAAUUCAUACUGGGGCAAGGCAAUACAAGUGCAGCAAAUGUGGGAAAUCCUUAAGUCACAAAUCUGUCCUCAUUUCUCCCCACCCAUGGUGCAAUGGAGAAAAGAGUUAUAUGUGCAGUGAAUGUUCGAAAUCUUUUAGCCAUAGGUCAGUAUUCAUUCCACACAGGAGAGUUCAAACUGGAGAACGGCCUUAUAAAUGUAGUGACUGUGUGAAAUCUUUUACUUCCGUGUCUGCACUCUGUUAUCAUCAGAGAUCCCACACUGGAGAACGACCUUACAUAUGCAGUGAUUGUGGGAAAUCUUUUAUCUCUAGCUCUGACCUCCGUUAUCAUCAGAGAGUUCAUUCUGGAGAAAGGCCUCAUGAGUGCAGUGAAUGUGGGAAAUCUUUUAUCACUCGUACUGCUCUCCGUUAUCAUCACAGAGUUCACACUGGAGAAAGGCCUUACGAGUGUAGUGAAUGUGGGAAAUCUUUUACCCGAAAAAAUAACCUAAUUAUACAUGUAAGAGUUCAUUCAGGAGAAAGGCCUUAUGAAUGUAGUGAAUGUGGGAAAUCUUUUACUUUUAGCUCUAGCCUUCGUUAUCAUCACAGAGUCCACACUGGAGAAAGACCAUAUGAGUGCACUGAAUGUGGGAAAUCUUUUAACAAUAGGUGGACGCUCAUUCGACACCGGAGAAUUCACACAGGAGAAAAGCCUUAUGUAUGCAAUAAAUGUGGGAAAUCUUUUUCCUGUAGCUCCACCCUACAGUAUCAUGAGCGAGGUCACCUUGGGGAAAGGCCUUACGGGUGUGAUGAAUGUGGGAGAUCUUUUACUACUAGCUCUGCCCUCCGUUAUCAUCAGAGAAUUCACACAGGAGAAAGGCCUUAUGAGUGCAAUGAAUGUGGGAAAUCUUUUAUCUCUAAGUCUGACCUCCAUUAUCAUCAGAGGGUUCAUUCUGGAGAAAGGCCUUAUGAGUGUAGUGAAUGUGGGAAAUCCUUUAUCCGAAGGAAUAACCUGCUUUUACACCAGAGAGUUCACACAGGAGAAAGGCCUUACAAGUGUAGUGAAUGCGGGAAAUCUUUUAACAAUAGAUGGACACUUAUUCAACACCAGAGAGUUCAUACAGGAGAAAAGCCUUAUGUGUGCAGUGAAUGUGGGAAAUCUUUUACCUCCAGCUCUACACUAUGUUAUCACCAGAGAGUUCAUGCAGGAAAACGGCCUUAUGAGUGCAGUGAAUGUGGGAAAUCUUUUACCUCUAGUUCUACCCUCCGUUAUCAUCAGAGAGUUCACACAGGAGAAAGACCUUAUGAGUGCAGUGAAUGUGGGAAAUCUUUUACUUUUAGUGCCAGCCUCCGUUACCAUCACAGAGUGCACACUGGAGAAAGGCCUUAUGAGUGCAAUGAAUGUGGGAAAUCCUUUAAGGAUAGAUCGCAAUUCAAUAAACACCGGAGAGCUCACACUGGAGAAAGACCUUAUGAGUGUGGUGAAUGUGGGAAAUCUUUUAGCCAAAAAUCUUCCCUCUCAACACACCAGAAAAUUCAUAAUAGAGAACGGUCUUAUGAGUGUAGUGCAUGUGGGAAAUCUUUCACCUCUAUCUCUGGCCUUGGUUAUCAUCAGAGAGUUCACAGGGGAGAAAAGCCUUAUCAGUGCAACGAAUGUGGGAAGUCCUUUACCAAUAGCUCUAUACUGAUUCGACACCAGAGAGUUCACACAGGAGAGAGACCUUAUGUGUGCAGUGAAUGUGGGAAAUCUUUUACUAGUAGUGCCACCCUUUCUUAUCAUCAGAGAGUUCAUGCAGGCAAAAGGCCUUAUGAAUGCAGCAAAUGUGGGAAAUCUUUUACCUCCAGUUCUACCCUUCGUUAUCAUCAGAGAGUUCAUGCAGGAGAUAGGCCUUAUGAGUGCAGUGAAUGUGGGAAAUCUUUUAUCUCUAGCUCCAAACUCCGUUAUCAUCAGAGAGUUCACACAGGAGAAAGGCCUUAUGUGUGCAGUGAAUGUGGGAAAUCCUUUAGAGACAGUUCCCAGUUUAGUCAACACCGGAGAGGUCACACUGGGGAAAGACCUUAUGAGUGUAGAGAAUGUGGGAAAUUUUUUAUGCGAAAAUCUACCCUUUCUCAACAUCAGAGAGUUCACACUAGAGAAAGGCCUUAGAUGUUUAGGGGAUGUGCAGUUAUCUUGUUCAAUGUAAGGAUACCAAAGAGAACUGAGGAUUCAUUUAUCUGAAUUAGCUCCCAGACAUCUGUGUAUGCACAAAGGAAAGAUUGCUCAUGAUUUUCAGUUAUGUGGGAAAUGUGUGGCUAUGUUGCAGGCUCUAACCUUUCCAGGGUUCUUCCCACAUAUAUGUCACUCCCAUCUUUGUGGCCAAAGCCACUUCACAUCUAGCACUUGGCAGGUUCACUCUGUGUAGUCAGGGAGACUUACUGUGUCUGCCCAUGUUUUAGCCAAGUUAGGAGUCACUUGAGGCCUACAGUGCCAACUUUCACUCCUCCCUGACUAUCUUGGAAAUGGACCUGGUCAGUGUCAGCCCAGAAACUAUGAGAAGUUCAGCUGGCAACUUGCAGAGAAUAGCAGCAGGGAUGUGUUGAUCGCAUUUGAUACUAGUAAUAAGGUUUUCAAGCUUCCAAAUGAUGAAUUCUUGCUGCAGGUUACUUUGGCUCAUGCAAUAAUUGAGACCGUCUAAGCUCUUAAGUCCUCUUUCAUCUUGGACAUUGUAUUUACUGUGCAGGUAGUUCACAGAUUUGUGCUGUGUAAGCAUAAAGGGGAGAACAGUUUUUAGGGGUCUCAAAAUUUCUGUUUGAGGGGGGCCGCUAUGUUGACAAUAGCUUGCCAGAUAUGACCAGGUCUGCCUUGUAGCCGCAGAUUUCUAGGAAAGAUUGCAGGGAUUUCUGGUUUUCACUUGAAGCCUGGAGACUUUGUUUUAGGAGUCUCCCAGGUGACACUGAGAAGCAGGCAGAUGAGAAUCUCAAGUGCUUCUGAGCAUAGCAUUAUUAUUAUUUUUUUCUUUCUAAACAGAGAUAUUCCAGGGUGUUUCAGCACUGUGGAGGGAAAUCUUCCCCAGGUCUUAAGAGAAACAUGUUCCCUGAUUAGUGUAACUGGUUGUAAUACCACUGGGUCCAUAACUGGUGCAGAAAUACUGAUUUGUAGGGAGAGGAGGACUGCAGUCAACUAGUGUAAUGUGCUGCUUCUAAACGUGCAUACACAACUGUCCAUGUAAAAGUGAUAGUCCCUCUGUAUUGUUCAUCUCAAAGCCAUUACCACAUGAACUGGAAGAAAAUAAAAAGAGGGUCUAGUCCCUGGCUGUGGCUCUUGUGACCCAGACAGCAUUCCCAUUGACUUUCAGUGGAAAUGUUCUCUAUUACUCACCAUAUUUGUUGCCACUGAUGCAAGUUUGACUACUACCCCACCCCACCCCACCCCCGGGGCAUAAAGAGAGAGAUGAUGGAGUAUAUGGUUACCAUACCUCUCUGUCAAAAAGACUGGGGUGUAGAGAUCUUUAAAUUGAGCUAUUUUUUAAAAGCUUUACUAAUGUAUAAUAUCUGGCUUCCCCGAUGGCUC